AGCACAGCGCGUGCUGAACAAGUUCUGGUUUGCGGAAAUUCUCGCCUGCAUCGGCAGCCUUGCCGCCUUUCUCGGCAUAGUCGCCAUACUCUGGACAUACGAUAAGCACACCUUGCCCAGCUGGCCGUACGGCAUGACGAUCAACUCAAUAGUCUCGUGGUUGGGACUAACGGGGAAAGCUCUGAUGUUGAGUGCCGUCGCUGCGUGUCUGGGCCAGGCCAAGUGGCUCCAUUUUGUGGGAAAGACGAACCGCCUGUCGGAUAUGGCUGUUUACGACAACGCGAGCCGAGGCUUUUCGGGCUCAGCAUCGUUGCUGUGGAAGAGCAGACUGAGGCAGCCUGCAGUCCUUGGGGCAAUUGUCGUGCUUUGCUCCGUUGCUAUUGGCCCCUUGGUGCAGCAAACGAUUGCCGUGGAAAUCCGUUCUGUUCCUGUGGACCAGCAAGUUACGAUUGCGCGGGCGCAAAACUUUGCCGACAGGGAAGCUCAGCUCAGCUUCGGGCUUACCAACACUAUUUACAAUGCGAUAUUCAUGGAAAGCGAUGAUGAUAAAGACAAGCUUUCUGUCAAUGCGACGUGUCCCACGGGGAACUGCGACUUCCACGUUUUUCAAUCGCUGGCGAUAUGUCACCGAUGCGUGGAUAUAUCAGAAAAGCUCCUAACAAACUGUACGGUGUCAUGUCAGAACUUCAAUAUUUGCACUUCUUCUCUGACUGAAAUGAAGCCACUACAGUAUACUGAUGUGGGAACUUCUGACGAAGGUGCCAUAGCACUGUCUGUUGAUGAGAAUAAUCCUUCCACAGCCCAGUUUAGCUUGACAGCAAUACAGCUUCUCGACGGAGCUUCAGUCACCGAAAUAUCUGCCAGUCAGUGUUCACUGUUCUGGUGCAUUCAGGAAUACCAGAGCAGCAUCCGGAACAGCAUUCUCGAUGAGCGCAUCUUAGACUCAUGGCAAGGGGCCAUCUUAGACUCAUGGCAAAUGGACCAUAUCGACGGCGCUAUAACCUUCCAUAGCCCCACCCGCAACAAUACCCCCGCAUCGGACUUCAAUAUCGACAUUGGGACUGCCUCUCUUCUAUUCAGUUGGUUCACAGAAUCUUUUUUUUUCAACGGUAGUGUCACUACUUUUCUUAAUGAUGCAACUGGCUGCCUAGAACUCCUCUCACAUGCCAAGGAAAACAACUUAAUACUACCAUUUCGAAGAGUACCUUUAUCCACGCUCUUUGCCCGCCUCGCCAUCAGCUUAACGCGCAGAAUCCGAGAGAUUAGCGGCAGUGUCAACACACGCAACUGGGAAAUCAACUACAACGCCAGCGCGGGCGAAGCGCACGCAUAUGGUACUUCUCAGGUCGACACGCCGCAGAUCCAGGUACGCUGGGCGUGGAUGGCGCUGCCAGGCACACUAUGGGUGCUCGCAGUGCUGUUCGUGAUGUUAACAGUGAACGAAACCAGGCGCGCAGGCAUAGCAGCGUGGAAGACGUCAGCGAUGCCGUUGCUAAGCAGUGGGCUAGAAGGAAUGGGGCUGGAUGAAGAGACAAGAGAGAUGCUGUACCGGGCGCCGGGGCCGGUUGAAAUGGAGCGUGUGGCGCAGGAGGUGUGGGUGAGGGGGAAUGAAGGAGGUGAGAUAGGCGCCGGGUUGCUGCGGAGUGAGGAUGCCGUUUGAGUAUGGUUUCAGGGGGAAGACUGUAAAGUGGGGAUAUGGGCUUUAUUAGGCUGGUUUUGAGGCGUUUGUCUGUAUUGAUGGUUCGUAGAAGGUUGGAGUUGGGAUAGUAGUCGUACCUAGGUCAUGAUUUAAUUUAUAAGGAUUUACUGUUUCCUAGGUGAUAGGUACACAUCAUGAUUGGCAUGACAUACACAGCGCGUGAUACGACUUUCGAAAUACUCCACGUUCCUUCUCACGGUCUAGAGAUGGCCGCUUGAUCUCGCGAUCACAGCCACUUGCCCCCGUUAAUUCAACAAACUUCC